CUUAAUUAGGCAAAAGAAGGAUUGGCUCUUGGGAGACACAUGUUGUCGUUUGCGUCUUCUUCUUCGUUUCAGAGCAACAGUUAGAGGAAUCGAAGAAAGAAAGAGGUGAAAAAGUUGAAGAUGUCACAUUCCAGAGAGAUAGAGCUCUGUACGAGAUAUUGAAAGAGAACAAAGACAAGAAGGAUGCUGAGUUUAACGAACGUUUCAAGCACAGUAGUAGUAAGGCUUCGGUUAGGAAGAAAUCUAUCGGUGUGGUUUUGAGAGUUUUCGAUAAGUAUCAUGAUGCUGUUAAGGUUUGUUUCAAACGUCUCGUUGAGAAUCUUGAGAGCUCUGAUGCACAGCUUCUCUCAGCUGUGGUUGGAGUGUUCUGUGAACUCACAUCAAAAGAACAACAUUGACAUUGCUACUCCAUCUCAUUCGCUGUCUUGGGGCUGUAAUUGAAGCCAUAAAGAGCAAAGGCAUAACUGCUAUUGGAGUUGCAGGGAUGUGUUGGGGUGCAAAAAUGGUGGUGGAAUUGUCUAAGCAAGAGCUUGUUCAAGCAGCUGUUCUGCUUCAUCCUUCUUUUGUCACGGUCGAUGAUAUCAAGGGUGGGAAGGUGCCAAUUGCUAUACUAGGAGCUGAGAUUGAUCAGUUGUCCCCACCAGCAAUCUUGAAACAAUUUGAGGAGAUUCUUGCUUCCAAACCCGAGCCAAUACUUUGUCAUUCCAUUGUGGAGAGGAAAUGGUUAUGGUACAAUGUUUGCUCAAGGUGUGUGGUAGCUUUAUCUGAAAGUUACUUUGGUUCUGGUUCUUCUUUCUGUAACCUGUUUCUUCUUUCUGUAACAGGUACUGAAGCUAUGUUUUCAAAUCUUGGCCAUUUCACCUCGGUCUCAAUCAGAGUAAGUGGAGGUUCCAUGUCUGAGUGCUGUACAUCAGUUCUCAGCCUUGCUAGUCAUCCUUUCAACAUAUGUCCAUGCUGGCCUUGUUUGUUACAAAUUCGUGAUGCUGUGCAAGCAAGAGCAGGACAAGACAAAAACCAUGGAGUCAUCCUAAUUCCUGAAGGGAUUGUUGAGAGUAUUCAUGAACUCUAUGCUCUGUUGAAGGAGGGUGUUCAUGCAGAUAACAUUUCUACUCAGCUGUCACCUUGGUCAUCUACGUUGUUUGAGUUCUUGCCUCCAUUCAUUAAGAAACAGCUUGCUUUCGCCUUUCUUGUGUACCCAUGUCUGGUUGUACAAUACAUGGGCCAGUCAGCUUUCUUAUCAAAGAACCUCGGUCUAUUUCCAACAAUUUUUACAGUUCAGUCCCAGAGGGAAAGAUUCAUAUCGAAACGAAUGGCGAAUUUUGGCGAAGGAAGAAGAAGAGGAACCGGAGGCAUGCUCCCACUGCUAGCAAUUAGCACCGUAGCAGAAUAUUACAGACUGCCGUGGAAACCGCCGGUGACGGCAGGUCUAUUAGCCGCGAACACUCUCGUCUAUCUCCGGCCCGCGUUUCUCGAUCCCCUUAUCCCUCACAUCAGCGAGGUCUGGUUCAAUCCAAACCUCAUCCUCAAGCACAAGGACUUGAAACGCUUCUUUCUAUCCGCGUUCUACCAUCUCAACGAGCCUCACCUAGUCUACAACAUGAUGUCUCUUCUCUGGAAAGGAAUCAAGCUGGAGACGUCCAUGGGAAGCACACAGUUUGCUUCUAUGGUCGUUACCCUUCUCGGUAUAUCGCAAGGAGUCACGUUGCUCUUAGCCAAGUCCCUCCACGUCUUCUUCGACUACAGGAGAGCGUAUUUCCACGAGUACUCUGUGGGAUUCUCGGGAGUACUCUUUGCUUUGAAGGUUGUUCUCAAUGCUCAGGCUGAGGAUUACUCCAGCGUGUACGGGGUCCUUGUCCCGACGAAGUAUGCUGCUUGGGCUGAGCUGGUUCUGGUGCAGAUAUUUGUGCCGAGGGCUUCGUUUCUUGGGCAUUUAGGUGGGAUUCUUGCAGGGAUUCUUUACAUGAAGAUGAAGAGGUCUUACUCGGGGUCUGAUCCUGUGGCUAUGGUGGUUAGAGGUGUCGCUAGAGCGGUGACGUGGCCGUUGAGGUUUCUGAGUAGUAUGGUUGGGUCUCGGAGGAGGAGGAUUACGGGGAGAGGAAGAGUGGGGAGAGGACAGAAUGGGAUUGCAGGACCUGGUAUCUGGAGAUGCCAGUCGUGUACGUUUGACAAUUCUGGUUGGGAAAGUGUUUGUGAGAUGUGUGGCUCGGGGAGGAGUAGAGGAAACGGAUGGUCAGUGAACCAGGGACAUGCACAUUCUUCAUCUUCUUCUAGUGAUCUUCCUUUAGAUGAGCUGCGGCGUCGGAGAGUAGAGAGGUUUAGUUAAUCUCUGGAGAUUUCUUAGAGCUGAGGAAGAAUUGUGAAUGAAACUUAAGCUGGGUCGUUCAUUGCAUUAGCUUAUGACUAGAGAGCUUAGUGGCGUUUCUUAAAUCUGUCUCUUCUCUUCUGUUGUUGAAGAUUUGGUUCUAUGUGUAUGGGUCUAUAUUGCAAGUACUUGGGUCUAAUUCUAGGGAAACACUGAAUCUUUCUGAUGAAAUUAAGUGCUUAUAGGAAAAAAAACUAUGUUUUUAUA